UCUCUUUUUUUGUUUUCUACUUUUAAUAAUAAUAAUAAUAAAAAGGUACAAAGUAAAGUUUAGGUUUACGUUGUAUUCAUCCUUCUUCUCCGUUUUAGGCAGCUUGAAAGAAUCAAACAAGAGCCAAGCUUAAUUCAUUGAUCAAAAUCAUAUCAUGCCAUCUUUCCCUGCUUGGGCUAUAUUCAUUAUCGUUCUUUUAGUUAUCAUGGUUGUAUUUUCUGGAGCUUAUUAUACCAUUCGCAAACGCAUUAGUCGAAAGAAGACAGUCAUAGGUGCUCAAGAACCCACGGAGCCUAUGUCUAAACAAAAAAUCAAGGAACCCAUCCAUUCAUUUAAGCACGAGAAGUCUUCUUCAUACCAUCGUGAUGAUAUUGAGGCUCAUGCCGGUCAACCACCCUGUCAUACAACGUUAUCCACCACACCUUUAACAAAACCUGAAUCGACUUAUUCUCGUCUAUCCACCGACUCUAAAAAGACAGCAUGCCAUUCACAAAGUACGCUGUAUUCACCCUAUCCGGCCAGUCCUCUUGUGUCGAACGAAGAUAUGCCCAUGAAACCCCAACCUCCUUUCAAUGCUUCGUUUUUUUCAGAUAAGAUGGAACUCGACGCUUCCAACGAGCUUUACUAUGGGUAUUCUCAACAUGACUUUGCCUCGAUUCAAUUAGAAGAUAAACCGUUUUUAAGCACGGCUGCUGCUCAUUUACAACAAAAGGCUGCCACGAUCAAAAGUAGUUUGCGUCAAUCGUUACGCCGAAAGAAAUCCUCGGCUAAAAACCUGCCAGUCCAUCAGUUCUUUUCCAAUGAGACUGCUAGUACUCCCCCAGAGACCAAACCCAUCAGCAGACAAGUGUCUUUGGCCUCCAGUUGGUUUCCUAACGGUCGACCCUCUUUUCAACAAACAACACCCGUGACACCCGUGACACCCGAGACGCCUAAACCUGAUCUGUCUGGAGGAUAUUUUACAAAUCAUCACUAUCUAAAAAAACCCUUGGCUCCAUUUGGGUCAACAAUAACAAAGGAAAAUGUAAGCAACAAGAUCAUGAUUGACGAUAUACCAUCCACCUUGCCUUCGCCACAAGCAAAUCAAUACGAUGCACAAGAAGAAAUAGACUUGCAUCGUGUUGCAUCCAAAGAGGAUCUAUCAGAUCAAGAUUAUAAAGAACCAAUCACACCACAAGAAGAAGCUACCCACGCAGCCAGAAAAAUCAUUCGUUCUGCUUCUCGUAAAUCACGUACCAGGUCCAUGAUUGCCUCGAGUGAUACAAGCCCAAGCUUUCCUACCAUCCUAACUUCAAAUAAGCAGCUUUUUACUUAUGCUACCGUAAGAGAUAACAACAACCAAAGCAUCAAGGAUAAUAUGACAAAAGAGGGGCUGAUGCUCGACUCCUUACCAGUCAUGGAAGAUUCAGCAAGAAAUAGGGUAGGCAGUGCCUUAUGUGGAUCUGCUACUGUUUCAGGAAAGAAAUCGACGCGAGUACAAGAACUUCAGAAAAUAUUGCAGAGCAGUCAAAUCAAGACAGAUUAUGCUACGAUGGAUCGACACGCUUCUCUCAAGAAAAUGGCUGGUUCAGCAGCAGGUCCUAAAUCACUUCGAAAUCUAUUUGAGCCUAUAGACACAAACCCAGAGUUGAUUCAAACCAGUCUAUCUACAUCAUUUACAACCCCUCCUCCUCCUCCUCCUCCUCCUCCUCCUCAAGAACCAGCUCAUGCUCUUGACUCCUUCCCUAAUUCCCCUUAUUCUUUCAAGCAUAACACACUGAAUAUAAAAAAUGACCAUGUAGAUACGAUCCGACGUACGCUGCAGUCUUCAUGGAGUGGCCAUCAUCUAAACCAAAGUGAAUCCAGUCAGACUUUAUCUUCCAGUUCGGACAUGGGAAGUAUAGGUUCGAGUUGUUAUAAACCCAUAGCAUCCCCUUUAAGCAGUCUCAAUCCACGCUUACAACAUCAGCAUUUAGUCUCAUUGUCAUUAAAAGCAAAUGCAGUCGUGCAUCGUCCUCGACCCACAAUGCCUUUUGGAUUCGAUCGUCAAGAAGAACCUAUACCAACUGCCUCUUUUUCUUCUUCCACUGCACAGACCAUGAUUCCUUUAGAAGAAGACAGCAGAAUAGAACACCAAGGAGACAAGCGAACAAAAGAAAUAACACCCGCACAAAAAGAGCGAGAAAAAUAUUGGAAAUCAUUCGAUAAUAAAGACAAGGUGUCACUGUAAAUUCAUGCGACUUUCGUUACAUUCAUUUCAAGCACAGAUCAUUAAACUGACUUGUAAUUAUUCUCUCACACCAUAUUAAAUUUUCCUUUUUUUUCUUUCUUU